GAAAGGGUUUGGAAAGGAUUACACUCUGUUGUGGAAGACUUUUUAAGCUCUGAAUCGUUUCGAUUUUACAGUUUCUGGUUCAUCUCAAAUACUGUCAACAUUUAUACUCCUAUAGAUGUGUUUUUCACAAUUUUAAUUGAUGGUACAAGUAAAUUCGUUAAUUCAAUAACAGAUCACCGAUUUUUAAAAUCGUCUAGAUAUCAGUUUACCCGAAGUUUUGUAUGAGUUUGUUUGUUUUGUUUUACGUCCCGUCAAGAAAUUUUCACUCAUAUCGAGACGUCACCACUUGUAAGUGAAGUACCACAAAUUUGGGGCUAUGUUUAGUGCUUAUGGCCGUAGCAGUGAAGGUCCUUUAACGUGUCAACGCCUGUCACGACACGGGACCUCCAUUUUAAUAUAUAUCCGAAAGACCCGUGAUUCUCACUUCUAAAUGCUGAGCGUUUGGUCAUUCACUACCUAUGUUUACGUCGUAGGUUUGAUGCAGCCAUGGCACAAAUGGGGUUCGAACUUACGACCUUCCGGUUACGAUUGUGAACGCUUUACCACUGAGCUACCGCGACCGGUCUGAAAAUUUAGUAUUUGGGGCAACAGUUUAAACUCUAUUUGGACCAAUAGUUUAACUUUUUUUCCUAACCUCCAUCUUGAAUUUUGAGACAAGACUUUAAAAAUGCAACAUUUUUGCAAUUUGAAAAAAAAAACAAUCCGAUAAUUCUCCUAGUGUGUUCUUUUGAACUCUCAACUUCUGUAUAAUAUUCUUCAGUAUCUUUAUGUGCAAAAAUGCCAUUAUUCAUUUUCAAUCCACCAGCAUUAAACUUCUUAAUAUCUUAUUUUUAGAAGACAUGAGUGUGUGUUAAUUUGUAUUCCUCAUGAUGUGCUGACACCAACAGACAAAACUAGUUUAUGCGAAUAAAUCUUUUAGAAAAUUAUAUGUUAGUGCAAAUAGGUUCAAGUUUAACACAAUUUAGCUGAAUAACAAGCACUAUGACCCGAGUUUCCUCUUCAAUGCAGAAAUAUAAAAAAAAAUAUUUCCAACAAUAUACAAAACUACCAAAAAAAAACAAAAGAAAAAAAAAACAAAAAAAAAACAAACAAACCAAAAAACAACAACAAAAACCAAAAAACCCCCCCCCCAAAAAAAAAAAAAUACAAAACUCAGGUGCAAACUUCUUUCACAAUUGCAAAUCUGCAAUGAAAGAAAUUAUGGCCACUAGAUCUGUAUGUAUAUUUGAAAUUACAAAUAUCUAGUAUACCAUUCUCGACAAUUCCUGUAGUGACGUCUGUGAAACGUCUCUAUAGAUCAUAACAUUUAUCUCCAUUUAGGUCACCUAUGUCUCGCUACUAUACUGACUUCGCGAUAUCAAUGGAACAUAGAUUAGACGAAGAAAAAACCAGAUCUUGCGGUCAUGUCUGGUGUAGUGUUCUACGUAGCGCUAAUCUUUGGACAGUUUCUCUGUGUUACUGGACAGGGCUGUCCAUCACGAUGUACAUGUCACAAAGCCAUUGUCAACUGUCAUGGAAAGAAACUUGAACGAGUACCACGGAAUCUACCCAUGUCUAUAGAACGACUGAUCCUUAGUCAGAAUCAUAUUGAAGAAAUCAGCAGGGAUGACUUCUGCACUCUACCUAACCUUGUCGAAAUACAGCUUCAAAACAACAAAAUAAGUUCGAUUCCGUCUCACACAUUUACGGGUGAGUGUAUUCCGAACAUUCAAAGCAUUCGACUGGAAAACAAUAAGAUAAAUGUCACAGAAGCCGGUGCAUUUUACAAUUUAUCAGCACUUGUUAAUGUAACUCUGAUAAAUAACAAAUUGAGUCAGUUGCAUCCUAAUUCGUUCGAUGGAACGACUUUGAAAUUUUUACACCUGGGAAGUAAUAAACUAAAGAAUAUCCCAAACCUACGAAAUCUAGAUGUUCUAGAAAUGUUGAUAAUGGAGGGAAAUGAAAUACAGAAUGGGACGUUUCCUCAUUUCUUCAGGACCAUGCUUAACAUGACAACAAUUGGCAUGAGCAACAACAAAAUUAGCAACUUGGACAAAGAUGUCUUCAGUAAUUUGAAAUACAGCAAAAUAAGAAAAUUGGAACUUGCACGCAACAAUAUUACAAAGAUUUCCAAUGAAAGUUUUCUGCCACUUUCAGCUUUACAGUCCCUCAAAUUAGGUUGGAAUCCAUUGACGGACGAUGAAUUAUAUAAAGCCUUAUCCGGAUUACUUGGCGCACCCCUAACCUCUCUUAGCAUUCCUGGUUUACAGUUUAAUGGACUUAUGCCAUCAUCCUCGUUUCCGUUGCUAAAAAACGCGAAUCUUUCAACACUUGAUAUGAGUUUUAACGAAAUUAAUAAUAUCCCACCAUAUGGUUUCAAAACACUGACCCAGUUAAGAUCUUUAGAAAUCAGCAAUUGCGGCAUUCGUUUUAUCCAUGAAAAUGCUUUUGAUGGUCUAAAAAAUCUGAAUAAUCUUUUACUGACUAAUAAUUAUGUUCAAUCUGUGCCGAGAAAUCUUCCUAAAAGUUUGCUUUACCUUUACAUGACUGGAAAUCAAGUUGAUGUUUUAAAAACCAACUCCUUUUCAAAUUUAGGAUCUUUGAGACGUCUUUAUUUGGGCCAUAACAAAAUCCUGACUCUCUUUCAAGGUGCAUUUGUUGGACUACACAAUUUGAAAGAUUUGCAAUUGUAUGGAAAUCGGAUAAAUACUCUUCCCAAACGUUUAUUUGCGCCGCUGUCUAGUCUGGUAUCACUAGAACUCCAAGAAAACAAUUUGAAAAUGAUUCAAAACUCAACUGACACCUUUUCCUCUAUGAUAUCAUUGGAAUAUCUAAAUCUAGCUGACAAUGACUGUUCCUUUCUUCCGGUGACCUUGUUUGCUAAACUUAACAAAUCUAUGCAGACGUUAAAACUUCAAGGCAAUAGACUUGGAAAAUAUUUUCUAGAUGAUAACGAGGGUAAAUUAUUCACGGGUUUAAAACAUCUGAAAUUUCUUGAUCUAUCAAGCAAUCAAAUACACACUUUUCCCUCUAGCUUAUUUCGAGACAUGGACAGUCUUGAGACUUUAUCAUUAAGGGAUAACUGGAUAUCCGGAUGGAAAGGGAACAGUUUAUCACUCUCUAGUUCUCUUCAUUAUUUGGAUCUUUCAAAUAACAGGAUUGCAAUCAUCGGUGAAGAAACCAUGAAAGGAAUGCAAUCAUUAAAAACUGUUAACUUCACAAAUAAUCCUUUCGCAUGCACGUGCGAUCUACGCUGGUUUCGAAAGUGGAUUAGAAGUACCAAUACAACUAUUUCAAGCGUGGAAAAAUAUCAAUGCAAUUCGCCUUUAGAGUGGAAAGGCAAACCCCUUCUGUCAUUCGAUGAAACAAAGAUCGAAUGCAAUCUCGUCGCCCUUACGACCACUAUUGGAAUUGUACUUGGUGUAACAGGACUAACUUUUGCGAUUGCUUUUGCCAUGUAUUGGUAUCGUCUGUACAUUAUAUUUCUCUGGUUUUUGAUAAAGAAACGUCUGUGUUCGAUACGACGUAAAGGUUACGAAGAAAUACUGCACUGGGAGUACGAUGCUUGUAUCGUUUAUUCAGAAAUGCAGGAGGAUUCCGUGUGGAUUCAGGAGAAUAUUUUGCAUAACUUUGAUAGAGGAACCGAAGAUGAUGAUAACCAGGGUGCAUACAAAAUUUAUUUUGACGAUCGUGACACCCUGGGAAGUGCUUUGAAAUUAGAUACAAUGAUGAAUGUUAUGGAAAAGAGCAGGAAAAUCAUCAUCGUUAUUACGAAAAAUACCACAAGUGACCACCUGAUGAACAUUCUUAUAUUCGAAACUCUGAUAUUAAAAAGAGAUUCACUCCACGAUAUCAUUGUUGUUACAAAAGACAAAUUGUCUAUAUCAGAUAUACCGCGACUUCUGCACUCCACAUUCAUCAUAGGUGAUAAUGUUGAAUGGAGAGACAAAGCCAUUUACAGAAAGGUUUUCAUGGCGAAAAUGAAAGAAAAGUUGGAAGACCCUAUCCUUGAGUAUGAAGACGAAGCUUAAAAGACUGAGCGCAGUAUGUCUGUAGUGUAUGGUUCAGUUUUCUCCUUGACAAAAAAACAUUUUUUUUCGACAUCACAUGACUUUAAAUCAACAAGCGGAAGCAUAAUGUUUCAUUGCAGGCACUAUGUUCAAGCUUCAUCUCAAUCCGUUGUUUUAUAAGGAAUAAAAUCUACACUACUUAAUGCAACGCCACUUUUGAGAGACCAAGUACCAAUUUGCCGAAACGUCUUACAACUUAGGAGUAAAAUUAUUUUCGCAAUUUGUUAAAUAUUACACUUUUUUAAAAUGUACAUUAAUGACUAACCUAAAUACAUGAUGGAAGAUGAAUACAUACAAAUGUUUUCACGACGGCUAACCUUAACUGAUCACAUUUUUGAAGAAUGAAAGGAAGAUGGGCUAAGAGGUCGGACUGAAUGCCCACAGUCGGUCAAUUAAGACUGCAUUAAAAAGUGUCAACUUGGCAAAAAUUGUCCAUUUUGUAUCUCAAAGGAUUGCAUAAUUAUCAGAUUAUCAUUCAAUAACUUCUUACAUAUCAAGGUUGUGCAUUUAAAGUCUAAUAUUAAGAUGCCCAUGUACCAAUAAGACAUUAAAAUGCAUAGAAAACAAAGGAAUAUUUUGUUCAGUGGCUCAGCUCUCCAUUUUUUUUUUUUAAAUUGUUGAAUAGAAAGGGUUAAACAAAAACUACUUCCACUUUUUGCAAAAAAGGGGGGAUUCAAGACCCACUAUAUGUUUUGAAAAAAACUUUCCUAUAUAAAUCAUGCUUCUUGAUAUGAAAAUUCAAAGUGGACAUGGCGCUUAACAAGCUAUUUAUUCUGACGCAGACUUUCUAUAAACUUUUGUAGGCUAGGGUAGCCAAUGUGUCCGGAAGGAAAGACUGCACAUUCUACAUGUAUAUAAAUUUAAGAAUUUAGUAGAUUGUUCAUUUUGUGUUUGAAUUGGUCUGAUACAUGUAUCCCAUGGAUAUAUCGUGAUAUGUGAUUAAUUGUUAAUUGUAUCAUAUGACAUGAACAUUACAAAUUAUGACUUAUUUAUUACAUGUAAUGGUGUAUGCUGUGGCUAUUUCAUUGAUGUGGUGGUUGUUUUAGUUCGUCUUAUGGUCAAUAAAUCAUGACAAAAUUCA